AUACUAGGCUUUAAGACGGCGAGAAAGCGCAGAAGAGAGCCAGCCCCCAUCCGACGUGUCUCUGCCGUAGUUUAGUGCAGACUGCGAGGAUGGAGGACUACAAGCACUUCUUGCUUCUCUUCACCCUGGCUCUGGCGCUCGGGUUCGCGUCGAUCGCCUCGGCUUUGACCUGGGCUUUGCGCUACAGAGAGGGGCUCGGCUGGGACGGAGGAGCCGCUGAGUUUAACUGGCACCCGCUCUUAAUGGUGAUCGGGUUUAUCUUUCUUCAAGGAAUCGCAAUAGUAGUGUACAGGCUGCCAUGGACCUGGAGGUGCAGCAAGCAGAUGAUGAAGCUCAUCCACGCCGGGCUGAACGUUCUCGCCUUCUUCUUGGCUGUCAUAUCUGUGGUGGCCGUGUUCGAUUUCCACAACGCAAAGAACAUCCCCAAUAUGUACAGUCUGCACAGCUGGAUUGGCCUGGCUGCUGUCAUACUCUACCCAGCUCAGAUAGUUAUAGGCAUUGCGGUCUAUCUGAUUCCUGUAACUCCAGUGUAUGUGCGUGCUGCUCUCAUGCCUAUACACAUCUACAGCGGCCUGUUCAUCUUCACCAGUGGAAUAGCCACAGCUCUCAUGGGCAUCACAGAGAAACUCAUAUUUAGCCUGAAGAGCCCUGGUUAUAAAGACUCUCCGCCGGAAGCUGUUUUGGUAAACGUCCUCGGGCUCCUCAUCGUCGCGUUUGGCGGUCUCGUUCUCUGGAUCGCUACCCGUCCUUCUUGGAAGAGGCCAAAAGAAGGAGACGCACAGACUGUGAGCUAUAACAGCUCAAGCCCAGGGAACGUGAAGAUGGCCAGGACCGACCAAGAGUCCAGUCUCGAGGCACGCAGACGCAACGGAAAAGCAGAAGAAUCCGGAUGAGCAGAGUUUUGAGUUGAGCAGAUCUCAAAGAAACAGAAGAAUCUGUUAUUUUGAACGUUCAGAAUAGUUUCUGCUGUCGUGGACGUCCUUGAAGUCUUUUGUAUUUGCGCUGUAUCAUCUCUCUGCUGUCAUUAAGAACACAUAGAUGUGUGUACCUCCCUUCCUUGCUGCUUUUUUUUUUAGAUAUUUGAAAAUAUUUGCACUAUUGUAACAUUUAACACACUGUAAGUUCAGUUACACUAUACAGCAUUAUUUCAGUCAUAAAGUGUUUAUAUUACUCCUGAUUAAUCGUUUAUUUUAAACAUGAGAUUGUAUUUUAAAAAGCAGUAUGCUAUUAAGGACAAACAAGUAACUUUGUAUAUCUGUUGAAACAUGUAUUACAACCAAGAUUUGACUUGUAUUUUAUAUUAUCAAAAUUAUUUAUCAUUUUUGACGGAUGAUUUUCAUAUGAUAUAAAAUCACUAAAUAUUUUUAAA